AGUUCUCCUGCUGUAUGAUGCAGAGUCUGAAGAGAGGUGCGGGAAGAUAAAGACUGCCAUCAAAUUCCAUCUUGGGUACUCCAAUGAAACCACAAUCAAAAGACUUCAAGACAACAUCAUUGAAGAAUUAGACAAUGUGACAUUCCUUCACACUGCUGUUAUCUUAAGUAAAGAGAAUAUAAGAAAAGAGGCAGAUAUCUUGAAAAGCUUCCUGGAAAAAUAUCCAAAGACUUCUGUGGUGACAUUUAGUAAAUCUGGAGAAGAUAUAUACCGCGAUCUAGGAGUAUCUAGUAUAGCCAUAGUUGAUGUUAGAAAUCAAGGCGACAAGAAUGCAGAUUUAAGUGGUGUUGCAGAGAUAGUAGCACAGAGCUGGAAAGACACAACAUAUGACAGUGUUUCUACAACAAGUGGUCUGUCCAGUUUAAAAUUAUCUGAAGAGAGGAUAAGAAAAAUACCUACAGAAAGCAUGGAUCCGAGCAUAGAAAAACAAGUGGAAAGUGGGUCUACUUCAUUGAGGUCAUAUGAGAUUAUUUCUCAUAAAGAAGCACAGUGUGUUACAGAUGCAAGCAGUCAUCCAGUUACAAAACAAGGUUCCUCGGAUAAAUGCCAAAAGACAGCCGAACAAGAGAUGAAACACAGUAUGACUGGUUGUGAGUUAGCUGCUAACAACAAUCCAAUGUUUUCUGAUCCAGAUAAAGCAAACUGUGAAAACUGUGAUGAUACAGCUUGUGAUACAAAGAAUCCAGAUGUAGUUGGCGGAGUUGAGGUAUGCCAGGGUAAUGACCACGAUGAUCCCAAACAAGUUCAUGCCCCGAACCAACCUAUGUUUUCAACCCCUGGGAUUGACCAGAACAUAGCUCCAGGCUUAGGACAGACUACCAUUCCAAAGGGGUCAUCAAAAGAGGAUGUCAACAAGUCCCAAGAAAUAGGGCCACUCCGGGAUGACCAACAAGCAGCUUGUCUGAGUCCUCCAUAUUAUACACCUGGAGUUGAUCAGCAACGGGUCCCUGGGAUUGGGCAGACAGUGGCUCCCUCAGCACCAUCUCAAGAUGUAAUUUGGAGUUCAAUAGAUUCUCGUGAUUUGGAGAGAGAAAGUAAAUCACAUGCUAUACACCACCCUCCCACAGGAAACCUUGCAGCAGAAGCCCCUCACCAAAGUUCAAAUAGGACCCAAAACCAAGUUCACAAUAGCCCAGUUCAGAUGUCACCAAGUCAAAGUCAACCUGGCCCAGGUCAGAUGCCCCAAGGCCAAGGUCAACCUGGCCCAGGUCAGA